UGCAAAAGAGGCAAGCUCCACAAGCUGGGGUUCAUUGACCCAAACACAGUUAAUGAAGUUAUGGUUCGAGACUACCCCAAGGACACAGAGGACAACAUGCUAAUGUUUUUAGUGAAGCAAGCAGACAAAGAGGAUAUAUUCUUUCCCUACAACUUCAACUUCCACUUUAUUCUCCUAAUCAUUGAUCUUCACAAAGGAGACGUAAAAGUCAUGGACUCGAAACGUAAAGAACAUGCGGAAUGGGCGAACAUGGCUGCUCUGCUCCAGAGGGCUUGGAAACGGUUCAUCAAUACUGUUCCAGGUGAAUGGAAACCGGAGCUUACAUUUAACGAUUACCCUUGUAUGAGGCAGGAACCCGGGAAUAACUUAUGCGGAUACUACGUCUGCGACUUCAUUCGUCAGAUGGCCUGUCACAGGGAUGUGGGUGAUGCUAUACACCACACUCGUCACCAGCUAGAGCUGUCCUAUGCUGCCCUGUUAUGUCCUGUGCGGAUGCUCCUGGGAACAUAUCGGUUAGCGGGAGGAUGCUGGGAAGACAUCGGUGUCGAGCAGCGGGAGGAUGCUUGA